AUGUCGAGGGUCAUAGAGGUUUGCCGGGAAUACCGCCUGCCCUUUGUUCUAACCGUCGUCGACUAUGAGAAAGCCUUUGACAGCGUAGAAACGAAUGCAGUACUGUCAGCGCUGGUCGAUCAAAGUGUGAACGCGUCGUAUUUGAGGACAUUAGCCAGUUGCUACGAUCGAUGCACGACUAGGAUACAGCUUUUCCACCGCCCUCUCACCAUACCCAUUGGAAAGGGGGUACGACAAGGCAAUACUAUAUCGCUGAAGCUGUUCACGGCUGCAUUGCAAUGGAUAAUGGAAUCAAUUCCCUGGAAAGAAAGGGGCAUAUGUGUUGAUGGAAGAUUUCUCUCGAAGCAUUCUUUUCGCGGACGAGGAGUACAACAUGAAGGCUCCCAAAUCGUGGAAACUUCAUCAUACGUAUACCUCGGGCGUUCUAUGAACAUGGAAAACGACUUGAAGGGAGAACUGAAUAGAAGAAUGAGAGCAGCAUGGGCAGCAUUCGCAGCCGUCAGGGAAGCUACGGACUAA